UGCUGCAGGGGCAGGCGCCACUGCUGCAGCAGCGCGGAGGCCGAGACCCAGACCAACUACUCCAACCUCCAGGUGUCUUCUGCGGAGGUACGCAUUGGGCCCAUGAGACUGACGCAGGAUCCUAUCCAGGUUUUGCUGAUCUUUGCCAAGGAGGACAGUCAGAGUGAUGGAUUCUGGUGGGCCUGUGACAGAGCCGGUUACAGAUGCAAUAUCGCCCGGACGCCAGAGUCAGCCCUUGAGUGCUUCCUGGAUAAACAUCAUGAAAUUAUUGUGAUUGAUCACAGACAGGCUCGGCACUUCGAUGCGGAGGCUGUGUGCAGGUCGAUCCGGGCCACAAAUCUCGCGGAGCACACAGUGAUCCUCGCGGUGGUUUCACAAGCAUCGGGCAACCAUGAAGAGGCCUCAGUCCUCCCUCUUCUGCAUGCAGGCUUCAGCAGGAGAUUUGUGGAGAACAGCAGCAUCAUUGCCUGCUAUAAUGAACUGAUUCAAAUAGAACAUGGGGAAGUUCGCUCGCAGUUUAAACUCCGGGCCUGUAAUUCAGUGUUUACAGCAUUAGACCACUGUCAUGAAGCCAUAGAAAUAACAAGCGAUGAGCAUGUGAUUCAGUAUGUCAACCCAGCCUUCGAAAGGAUGAUGGGCUACCACAAGAACGAGCUGCUCGGGAGAGAACUCGCGGAGCUGCCCAAAAGCGAUAAGAACCGGGCAGACCUCCUCGACACCAUCAACACGUGCAUCAGGAAGGGCAAGGAGUGGCAAGGGGUUUACUACGCCAAGCGGAAGUCCGGGGACAGCAUCCAACAGCACGUGAAGAUCACCCCAGUGAUUGGCCAAGGAGGGAAAAUUAGGCAUUUUGUCUCCCUCAAGAAACUGUGUUGUACCACUGACAAUAAUAAGCAGAUUCACAAGAUUCAUCGAGAUUCAGGAGACAAUUCUCAGACAGAGUCUCAUUCAUUCAGAUACAAGAGCAGGAGGAGGGAGUCCGUUGAUGUGAAAUCGAUAUCAUCUCGAGGCAGUGAUGCGCCAAGCCUGCAGAACCGUCGCUAUCCAUCCAUGGCAAGGAUCCAUUCCAUGACCAUCGAGGCCCCCAUCACAAAGGUUAUAAAUAUAAUUAAUGCAGCCCAAGAAAACAGCCCUGUUACAGUAGCAGAAGCCUUGGACAGAGUUUUAGAAAUUUUACGGACCACAGAACUGUACUCCCCUCAGCUGGGCACCAAAGACGAAGAUCCUCACACCAGUGAUCUCGUUGGAGGCCUGAUGACUGAUGGCCUGAGAAGGUUGUCAGGAAACGAGUAUGUGUUCACUAAGAAUGUGCACCAGAGUCACAGUCAUCUUGCAAUGCCAAUAACCAUCAAUGAUGUCCCCCCUUGUAUCGCCCAAUUACUUGAUAAUGAGGAAAGUUGGGAGUUCAACAUUUUUGAGUUGGAAGCUGUUACACAUAAAAGGCCAUUGGUUUACUUGGGCUUAAAGGUCUUUUCCCGGUUUGGAGUAUGUGAAUUUUUACGCUGUUCUGAAACAACUCUUCGGGCCUGGCUCCAAGUGAUUGAAGCCAACUACCACUCCUCCAAUGCUUACCACAACUCCACCCAUGCCGCGGAUGUCCUGCACGCCACCGCCUUCUUCCUGGGAAAGGAGAGAGUGAAGGGAAGUCUGGACCAGCUGGAUGAGGUGGCAGCGCUAAUUGCUGCCACAGUCCAUGACGUGGACCACCCAGGAAGAACCAACUCUUUCCUCUGCAACGCAGGCAGUGAACUUGCUGUGCUCUACAAUGACACGGCCGUCUUGGAGAGUCACCACACAGCCCUGGCCUUCCAGCUGACAGUCAAGGACAGCAAAUGCAACAUCUUCAAGAACAUUGACAGGAACCAUUAUCGAACACUGCGCCAGGCUAUUAUUGACAUGGUUUUAGCAACAGAGAUGACAAAACACUUUGAACAUGUGAACAAAUUUGUGAACAGCAUCAACAAGCCAAUGGCAGCUGAGGUUGAGGGCAGCGACUGUGAAUGUAACCCUAUUGGGAAGAACUUUCCUGAGAACCAAAUCCUGAUCAAGCGCAUGAUGAUUAAGUGUGCCGAUGUGGCCAACCCGUGCCGCCCCCUGGACCUGUGCAUCGAAUGGGCCGGGAGGAUCUCUGAGGAGUACUUCGCACAGACUGAUGAAGAGAAGAGACAGGGACUGCCUGUGGUGAUGCCAGUGUUUGACCGGAAUACCUGUAGCAUCCCCAAGUCACAAAUUUCCUUCAUUGACUACUUCAUAACAGACAUGUUCGAUGCUUGGGACGCCUUUGCACAUCUGCCAGCACUGAUGCAACAUUUGGCCAAUAACUACAAACACUGGAAGACAUUAGAUGACCUGAAGUGCAAAAGUCUGAGGCUUCCAUCUGACAGCUGAAGCCAAGACAGAGAAGGGGACCUCUUUCUGUCAAGGGCAUGUGAAUCCCAGUAGUGUAAACGAGAGGCUUUCCUUUAUAAUGAAAAUGACAAGUGUAGGUCAAGGAGCUAAUGUUUAAUAUUUGACCUUGAAUCAAGUCCCCAGAUUUUAUUUUUACAAAGAUAUGUUCUUUAUACAAGCAGUGACAGAACAAAUACAUGGCAAAAUCCUUUGCCAUGCUGUCACCCUGUGUGCCCUUAUCAACCAUGGAGAUGAAUGACUGUAACUAGCAGGACAUAUACAGCACAGACUUGGUGCCUCUGAGCCCAUCUCCCUGGAUGGAGACCAAGUAGUUUAGAUAGUGUUCAGCUCAUAUCUUACCAUAAAAAUCACCAUCACUGUUUAGCUUGACUAUUUUCCUCAAGAGCUUUGGUCUGGAGGAUUCAUACUAUCUAAGAAAAGAAACUAUAUAUAAAAUGAACAACUAGGACCAAAUUAUUGAUAAACCAGUUAGCUUCACUGGCUGUUUCUUCUGAUUGAUGUUAUGACACCCAAGUUAGAACCCAGCCUUGUCCUGUUGAGUGCCUUCUAGACUGGUAGUAGCUGCCUAUAUCCCUCUCUCCUAUAAAAGGCAUUCAUCUUAACAGAAAGCCAUCCAUGAUGGGGAAGGGAGUGACAUUUUGUUUUGGGGGACUCUAUGAGAUCCCCUUAUUUCUGGUUAUCAGAGGCAGUCACAAGGCACUAUAGUAUAAUAUAAAAGCCAUUAAAUCUGAAUGCCCUUGGACAAGCUUUUUUAAAAAAAGAAAAAAUUUAUAUACAUUUGCUGUUGAAAAUUUUUAUGAAAUCUAAAUUUUCUGGAUAUAAGUCAAUCAAGUAUGUUGUACCAUGUACCAUCUCUACGUAUAUAUUUGGGGAGGGGAUUUGGGAAGUUUCAAGGUUCAUAUAUUUUUAACCUAUCUGUAUUUGCAAUCAUGCCAUUUUCCUUUAAUGAUGUAAAAAUAUUGCAAGAUGUGUAAAUAUAUUAGAAAAUAGACAUAUGGGGAAACAGUAAAUACUAUUAAUUGUAUGCUAAAGCUUCUAAAGCACAAGUGCAUAUUUUUAUACAGCUCUUUUCACAACUUUCUGUGAUCUACAUGAAGUCGGACUUGAGUAUUUUUCCUUUCUUUUAUCAGUCAACCCUUCUCUAUGUAUUAUAAACUCAGUAAACAAAAUAUCUUCAUUUUUCUUCCAAAUUCUUUGUACUCCAUGCUGCAUUUUUAAGAGGUAUAAACAGAGACUGAAUUAACUGAAUCAGUAGUUACUUUUUUCAAACAAAAAUUGGAAUGCAGAACACUUGGAAUUAGUACAUGGGGAAAAAAAUGUCUUAUCACUACAUAAUGUGCCAAUAUUUUUUUAAUGUUUUAUACCAAAAAUGGAAACAUAUAUGACAAUUCCAUGCAAAGAAGUGUAUCUAAAUUAUUUUAGGUAAGAAAACUUGCUUGGUCAGGACAGCAGCUAGCAUUGUAUUAUAAUGCUGCAUUAUGUAAAUGAUGAAAAUGUUUUUGUGAGAUACUUGUAACUAAAUUCUUACAGCCAUUUUUCAUUUCCAACAGCUAUUUUUUAUUGUACCUUCUUUUUGACCUAAGUUUUUCAUAACUUCAAAUUUUCGGUUUAGUGUCCUUUAUUUCAUGAGUCAUACACUUUGUUUUCAGAAUUCAGGGUAUCAGAAUCCCAUUUAAGGAGCUAAAUACUUUGCCUAGGCUUCAGAAGCUUGCUUGAGGCGAGGACAAUCUUUUCCUGACCAUCUCUCUUUCAGUUACAUUUGUACCAAAAGGGAGAAAGAGUGCUCUGAUAUAAAGCUGAUGAAGAUGAUUAAAUCUCAGUGACCACUGCAAGAAACUACCUAAGUGAAGCCUGUCUCAAGCAUUUCAUUUCUGAGUCAAUGGUAAGAUGAACCAGGCACUUUGGACUGCCGUCUCUGACUGGAACACUUUACUCACCAAGCUCUCACCCCUGGCAUGUAAGAGGGCAGCGGCUAGUGUAGUACCAAUCUAGCCAAUAGCUCUUCAGGCCAAUUCACACUGAGGAGAAAAAUACAUCCUCAUUAAAAUUCCUACUGAUUUGAGUUUAUAGGAAUUUUAGUAGCUAGAACUAAAAAUAAAAAAUGAUUUAACAAAUUAGUUGGCACCAGAGAUUCAAAUUUGCUCUACAGAACCUUGAUAAUUAGUUAUUAAAGAUGAGAGGAAUUUAUAAGAGAAAGGAUAUAUUUAAAUUUAUCACAAGGAUUCUUAAUCAAAUGGGCUCUAAUGAUAACCAAAGAAUAAAAAGCUUAUAAUUAAAACCACAACUUUACUGUUCUGUUUGAACCUUAGAACAGCACUCACUGCUUCAGCAGCAUAUGUACAAUUAUGCACUCUCCAUUUCCUACAGGGAAGAAAGUUCCCGGGAGAGCUCAAGUUACAUUCAAGUUAUGCUACAUCCUACCUCUUCCUCAGUGGGUUUUUCCUCCCAAAACACCUUCUAUAAUUAUCAUGUAUACUUAUUUCCUUAAAUAAAAUUUUAAAGAAAUGAAAAAGGAUACGUAAGCUAUUCAUUUGAGAACAAAGGUAUUCCAAAAUCCAAAGACUAAAUGAAAGAAACUAUAUGCAACUUUAAAAAAAUCUAAUGAUGAAUAAGAAUUGAAUUAGAGGUAAUAAAAUUAUACUAAAGAAAGAGGUUCUGAGUACUAUGCUCAUUUACCACAAGCUCAUAAUUUCUGGGGUAAAAUUUUCUAAAGCAUAAAUUUUUCAAAUUGUAAGGACACUAUGGUAUACUUUCAUUCUGUAUCAACAGAUACUUGUAUUGUGAUCUUAAAACUUCAACUUUUGAAAAUUCACUGCUAAAAUACUUGUGGUAUAUUCUUUGGUGGAUGUACUCACACCUAAGAAGCAACUUGUUGCUGGUUUGCAUGCCCCCCCCCCC